AAAAGGCUACAAAUAACAAUAACUGCCACAGAAAAAUAAUGCAUGACAAAAUAUACAGACCAUUUACAAUUACGUGCAAUAUUACAUUACAAUGAACAACAACUGUGACUGUCAUCAUAUAGAGCCACUUUAGCUUACUGUAUAGGACAUUAUACGCCUGUGGGUGGCGGUAAUGUGUAACAUUGUGCGCUACAGCAGACAACUUGCAAGAGAAGAAGAAAAUCAGGAGGGCUGUUUGAAAAGAUGAACUGCGCGUAAUAUAAUAUUUAUAUCGCUUGAAAACUAUAUAUAUGAUGAUGCUUUAAUAUAUCAAGACGCACGAGAUUUUUAAUCAUUAUGAGCAAAGAACCUCAAGCCUGUUUCAGUUCAAAUAAUGGCUGGAGAACUUUCAUGUGGUUUGAGGGGCCAAUCCUUCUACCUGCAUGAUGUGAAGAGACAUCAUCAGCCGUCUGGGAGGGAAAGUGGACAGUUUUCUCACCAAGGAUGUGAAUGUGAUUUUGUCGGGCGUUAAAGAACCUCAUAGUGCUUUGCAGGUGGAUGGUUCAUGUACUGCAGGGGGAAACAAAGUGGAACCCCCAGAACUUUGGAGAAGUAUCAGAGCAGUGUGCUGGCAAAUGCUUGUUUGUGGGGAGUCAAGGUCUACAAUGUAGAUGAAUUUCUAAAGUUCAUCAAUCAUCUAAAUCAGAAAAUGAGGACAGCUAAGAAAAAAAGAAGCAAACUGACAGCUCCUCAUGUGAGAGCUGGAGUUUUGAGAGGUCCUUAUCUGAAAGUGGAGGACUCCAGUCGGUGAUUCUCUUAACUCUGCUUUCUGUUUAGAUGGUAGUUUAGGUACUUUAUACUGUAUUUUACACUGUAUUUUAUUUUAAGUGAAACCAAUAGGUUGUCUCAGCCUCUGGAACUGUGAUCAGAUAAUGAGUCAAGAAGUUGUCAGUUGUAGCUGAUCUCACUUCUGGUUCAUUCAUGUCUCUGAAAAUGGGAAGACAAAGUCUUGUAUAUUGCAUUGUGUGUACACUAUUUUUGUGCAGUGUGCUCUGGCUGUGCACUGAACAAUUGUUUUUUUUUUUCAAAUCUAGAUAUAGUAGUAGUAAUAGUGUAUAUGACAGAAAUAGUAUGAGUGCUGUUAUACUUUUCCAGUCAUAGCCAGUGUCUCUUUAAUGAAACGAGUGGAUUGUCUGCUGUCAGAUUUUAUGUGCUUAUUUUGGUUUGUCUUUAUUUUUAAAAUCCCAAUAACUCUCUGGUUAUAAUAAACACAAUAUGUUAUACUUUCCAUUGUAAAACUGUUUUGGUCUCCAGGCCCAUUAACAAGGCGAAUGUUUCAGCCCAGGUCACUGUAGCUGUUUUAGAAAAGUUAAUUAUCAAAAUGCAUGCCGCACCCUUGGAGCGGAAAAGGUAUCAGAAAGAUAUCCUUUCUCUCCCCUGCUGAGGAUCUGUGUGCACAGAGCAGCUCUUGGCUAAUGAAAAGAACUAUUGUGUUUUGAGUCUGUUUGGCACUGCUGUCAGAAAUUGAUCCCACAAAUACUAGAUCCUGGUGGAUAUUGUUGAUUAAGCUAAUGUUAUACAUUAUGCAGUACAUUUUUUUUUUUUACACACCAUAAAUACUACAGUGACAUGUAAACAGACAGAUGAAAUGUCAUUUUAGCAUCCUCAGCAAAAAAACACAAAUACAUUUUCUCAUAGAUUUCAUUAUUUGGCUGCACAUCCGAUUUUGGUAGCACAUUUAGGUAACACUUUACAGUAAGGCUCUGUAUGUUUGCAUUACUUAAAUCCAAUAAUUAACAUGAUAUGUUUAUAAUCCUUUUACAUGCAUAAGUAUUAAUUUCUAUAAUGGUAUUGAUUUUACUCAUAACUACUGAAAGUUAUCAAAAGAUUAAUUUAAUCGUUUAGCAGAUGUGAAGGCCUAGAAAUCUCAACCAUUUCUUAUGCCAGAGGAUGAUGCAACUGAAAGAGAACUCUAAACUUUUGAAAUACAGUAUGUGUUGACAUUUACUGCUAAUUAACUGUAUCAGCAGCACCAGAUGCAUCUGUUCUUUCCAAUUUGGAAAUAUAAUUUAUCUCCACCUUACCAAAUUGCUUAGACCCUGAUCAUUGUCAAGUUCUUAAACUCAAAGUUUUGAAAAACUUAAAUAUAAUAGUUUCAAGUGACAUUAUGCUUAUUAAGUAAGUGAGUGACGUGACAUACAUGCAAGUAUGGUGACCCAUACUCAGAAUUCGUGCUCUGCAUUUAACCCAUCGAGAGUGCACACACACACAGCAGUGAACACACACA